AGGGAGUAUCACACCCAGGCGGGUGCGUAAGGGAAAAAACAAAGGGAAUGGGUAGAUUGAAAAUGCAGCUGUCAAGCAUAUACAUUUACCACCCAUUACCUGCUGCUGUUCCAGCAAAUGGUAUCGUAAAGCUAAGUACAUGAUGGCAAACGUUACAAACAAGGUUGGACGAACCCUGUCCCUUUUUAUAUCUUAUGCAACCUUUGUGCUCUUCUUAUCUUUGCAGGUGGCAUGCUCCGAGGUGAAGGCCCUGCUGGAUAACCCCCUUUUGGCGGACGUGCUGCUGCGCACCGCACGCUUCCACCCGGUGGUGCAAAAAAAGAAAAGCCCGUUCCCUGAAGAGCCCAUUCCCGGCCCCAGCUUAGAUGGUGACGUUCCCGGCAGGAAGUCCGACCCUCAACCAGAGGAGGAAACACACCUAAUGCUGGCAUUCGAUGCUGACAAAGAAGAGCUGAAGUCCAUCCAGACAAUCCUGAGUGUGCUGGAGGAGGCUGGACGGCAACCACCUCUUCCAUCACAGCACACUGCAACGAUGGCUGGCGUGCAGGAGUUUCAGGAGGAUGGCAACACACCUUUGCACCUCGCUGCCCUUAACGGCCACGUGAAGGUGGUGGAGGCACUGCUCAGGUCGGGAGUUGACAGGGAGGCCAAAAAUAAGGCAAAGCUCACAGCUCUGCACCUGGCUGCCGAGAAGGGCCACACGGAGGUGGUGGAGAUGCUACUUGCGGUGAAGGACACCAAGGAUAAGGACGUCAAGGGCUGCGAUGAGGCCAAGGUGGAACUGCGGGAGGCGGAGUCUGGUGUCCAGGCGGUCGAGCCGGGUACCAAAGUUGUCACGAAUGGCUCCCAGGUUGAUGACGUUAGUACCGCCGCUGCACACCCUGAGCGCCAUAUCUCGAGGGCUGCCGUAUCCCUAGCCUUCCUAAAGCGCUUUGUUGAGGAGCACAAGCUCAGUGAGCGGAAGCUGACAACCAGACAGUUGGUCUGUGAUAUUAUCAAACCAGCUACUGCUGCUGCGGACUGCCGCUACGGGUACACGGAGGUGAUGCUGCAAGAUGCCGGACAGCAGGCAGCCGUGUCACAGGGCAAGCCUUUCUAUUUCAUUAGCCAUGCGUGGAGCCGGCCAUGUAUGGAAACCUUUGACAUGGUGUGCCACCAUUUCAAGCCAGAGCAGCAGCGGAUGUGGCGGCGGAGGGACGGCCAGGCACUGCCUCCUUUGUCUGACGAGGAGGUUUUCGUGUGGCUCGACAUAUUUGCCAUCAACCAGCAUGAGAUAACGGACGAGACCGACUUCGACCUGGCGGCUGUAGCUGAGGCCGUCCAUGAUGCCGAGUGCACCCUCAUGGUCCUGGACGCGGAAGGCACCGUGCUGACCCGCAUCUGGUGCCUGUACGAGGCGUGGCAGAGCAUGAAGGCGGG